UCCGGCUCGAGCAAAGGAAAACCCGGCUUCGGGUUGGCAUACUGACUGGCCAGUACUCAUGGUACUGGAGUGUAGUGAAGGACGUGAUUCCGGUGUGAUGGUAGUGCCAGUCAAAGCCCGGACAACGGGACGUACAUGAACACGGUCAGGGAAAGUCCCUUUUUACGUUGACGCAAAAUGCCAAAGAUAGAAUAAAAAUAAUAAUCCAUUUCGUGCAAAGGACUUCUUAUUUUCAGUUUGAGGCAUGAAGGCUAGUUCGAGUAAGUGUUCAACAUGAUUUUACUAACGGAAAUACUACAGCACAAAUACUAGCAGUAGUGGGAGAUACAGAACUCCUUCACGAUCACCAUCAGCUCGGAAUAGCCACUACCAAUCGCUAGUCGACUGGCGUACACGGCCGCUAUGACCACCAACCAAACGGUUCAGGGAGAUGACCCGAUUGGAAAGCUGAAGACGUAUAUGACGGAGGUCAUGAAUCCUCAUCAAUAUACAAUAUUCAGUGGGUCUUACGUGAAACCAUGGAGUGCCAAGGAGGCCGAGACCGUAACGGAGAUAGAGCAGACAAUUCUCAAACUGCCAUCGGAUAACAUGGACACGUUGCUGUCAGCGUAUAUCAGGCACCUGACGACAUGCCGGAAUCACACACAGGUUGAGUUCUUCUUCAGCUUGCUGCCAAUCUUGGUGAAGAAACACAUGUUAAAUGCCAAAACACUAUGUAAUGCACUAAUAACAUACCCGCCGUUCGAGUCUGAACGAGUCUGGUGUGUGGGUCUCCGUACACUGAAGUCGGAAAUCAAGGCUGUCGACUAUAAAGGCUGCCGCGACCUGCUUCAACACUUCCUGAGUCGCAUCACAGCACUACCACGGCACAUGCCAUUUGCUACUGAGUACAGAGUAACCACCACCAUCGAGGUGUUAAAAUAUCUACUGGAUCGUGACGUUUGCCUGUUACCUGCGUACAUGGCACAAACUGAGAUUGCUCUCAAGUACAAAAGUCCCGCUGCGCACUGGAUCCUGGACGCUGUACUUCCCGCCUUUCAUCUAUCUUUCCGUCCGCUUGUCGAUGCGAUAUCCAUGCCUGGUCGUUGCUACCUCCGCCCUGUCAUCAGUACCAGCGCCAGUCACAACUACCUGUGGAAAGUUCAAGUGGAAACGCUGGAGUUUCCCCGCAAAGGAGCGCUGCCCUUUGACAAGGAAGUAUCGAUGCCGCAGAAAGACUUCCUUAUUCAAGUCUUCCGCCAGCCAUUCUCCCGAGACAUGGUCAUGCACAUCCUGAGCCUGGAGAAGAAGCCAACUCGCUAUCCAACCCAAGUUUUGGAAGACCUCAGCGCUGACGCAGUGAUUCGACUCAUGGAGGAGUCAGAGAGCAUGCUCUCAGAUGACCUGUCAAUCGGCGAGCUGGAAACAAGGACGGCCUGGCUUGAAGGCCAAUGGCAUCACAUGUCGUGUCUGCUGACCUACUUUCCUUUACACGGAUUUGUUGUUCUGUCCAACUUCACUCGGUGCCUCUUCGAAAAGCUUCGUUGUUUCCAAGGUUUUCGCAAGAGCCGGACAGAGCUAAUGUGGCUUCUUCUACAGGUCUGCGGAAAUGCGUUAUCACACACACUGGAGCAUCCCGAGCGAAUUGUCCACUGCAUUGACAUCUUCAAUCUACUCUUCAGAGAGCACGAGCCAUUGCCAGUGCCAGAUGCAGGUGACACCAAGGCGGCGAAGAAGAUGGCAGCUGCUUCUUUUGUAGUGCUGCUGAUAGAAAAGCUGGGGGAGAAGGUGGUGAAGAGGCCAGUGCCAAAAAUCCUGGUGAACCAGGUCAUUUUCAUCAAGAGUAUGGUGUCGAAGGCAUCGCCCGGCAGAUGGUUCGACUCCUACCUCACCGCGGUGGUGAUGAAUGCAGCAUCUCUGCAGCAAGAGCCACACCUUGCUCUGGUCAGCGGGUUUGGUGAUCAGCUGACAGGUCCGCCGUCAGCUUACUCCACUCCACCACACGGAACACCACCUACAAAGCCGUGCUCCCUGGCCUUCCUCGACUCAUUGACAGUGCACGUCAGGGUCAGUCUGCUUGUGCACCUGGUCGGCUUGAUCGGACAGCACUCAGCACAGUAUCAACGUGGCCUACCACCAUCACCAGCCCUCUUAGAGACAUACUGCCGACUCCUGCACUCACUGGAAACCGAAUCAUUCGGCAUCAAGCUCUUCCACAGUACAGUUUUGUCAACAGUCUUUCGUCAUCGUUCCAUGCCAACACUAAAUGCACUGAUAGAGAUGGUGGCGUAUCAUAUUCGUCUCCACCAUGUUCAGCCACACUACAGAACUAACCUUUUGGCUAACAUCUUCCAGGAAACGACUAUGGGCCCUGGCAGCAGCAACCAGCUGUUUCUGAAUGUGGAGGCCGCUGCUCUGCGACUCAUCGCAAGCUGUGCCUGUGCUGAAAUGCACAAGGAGUUUGGCAGACUCGGUAGCGACAUCAAACUUUUUGUUAUAUCUGAUGGCGAUGAGCUGAACCGAUCGCUGGCUCUUACGGUGGCGCGGGGUCUGCAUGUGUCUGGUUGUGACCGCCAUGCCAGCGCUUGGGUGGAUGUCAUCAUGCGCACGCUGCAGAAUUCUAUGAACUUCACCUGGUCGGAGCAGGUCCUUCGCUGCAUGCCCCAGUCGCUACAAGACUACUUUCCUCUGUGCGCUACGCAGCUGGGCAAGCUCAACCUGCUUGAAAAGGUUGAGAAGGAAGAAUGGCCAGCCUUCCAAGCUAUGAGUGCUGAAGCAGCUGUAUCCCACUUCAAGGUCUCCACCUCUUACACGUUCUUCUGUCUGAUGUGGAAGCAGCUGCUGGAGACGGGGUGUUUGACGACAGUAUACUUGCGUGUGAUCGAGAGUAUAACGCCGCUGCAGAUCUCCCAUCACAUUCGCACGUUCUGUGACUACCUUGUCACAGUGCACUCGCAAAAGAACCAGAAUGCCUUGGAGGAAUUGGAAAAGAGCCUGGCAGCAGUCAGUGACAUGGUGUGGAAGUAUGACGUUCUCCCUCUGGACAAGUUUGUCCUUGUCAUGGUGAUGCGAAAUUAUGACACAAAUGCCUCGCGCAAGGCGUUUUUCAUAGUCCAGCUUCUCCUUCUGAAGAACAACGAAUUCCGCAAACGUGUGAACUUCUUCGUCAAAACGGUAUCGCCCUACUAUUGGCUUGCGGAAGAUAGCUAUGUGGAGCACCAUGAGUACCUCCAGACGUUUCCGGAGAACUUACGCUUUGAAGGCUUGGCACGUGCUGUCGGAGAGAUUCGGACUGGAGAACCAGCAUUGCAGCCAUACUUAGGUAAUGUCUGCUUGCGAUUUCUACCGGUGUUUGAUCUACUGAUUCAUCGCAUGAUGGAAAUGCUGUCAGUGACUGGCAUCGAGAAGUCGCUCAUCACCAUACUGGACCAUCUUGGACAACUCUACCGGUUUCAUGACCAGCCUGUGCUGUUCUUGUACAGUACAUUGCACUACUACGAGAACGCUCUUGCCACUCAUCCACACGUCAAGAAGAAAAUGGUUGCUGCCGUCAUCAAUGCCCAGCAGCUGUGUCGACCCAAAGGCUGGUGUUUGUCAACUCUGUUUCAGAACUACCUGUUGAAAGCGGAGCCGGCCACUGCCAACUGCUGGGUACCGCCGCUGGACUACUACACGGCAUUGCUGGUGAAGCUUGUCAAGACAUUCCAGGGCCACGAUACUGGUUUUCCACAUCUAGACUGGCGCUUUGUGGAGUUCUCCAACUCUACCGACCUGGCAGUUCACUGCACGUGCCUGGAGCUUCUGGCCUUGCCCUGCGACGGUGAAAGAGUCGUCACCGACCUGCUGGAGGCCAUGAUAGCAAAUGUCAUGAAAAUGUCGGAUGAGGAGUCUGUGAUUUCCUGGAUCAACGCCGUGGCGAGCGUUCUUGUGAUGUUGCCGGAGACAUACUGGGGCGUUCUCAUGAAUCGUAUCAUUGACUGUCUGCAUGCCAUGGCGGUGGAGGAAGCAGCAGCAGAGAGCACUGUUGCAGCUAGCAAUGGUACACCCAUGGAAGAAGAACCAGCCAUUGAACUCGGCCGAGGCAUCAAAGUCAACCUGCUGGGCUGGAGCAAGUGUACUAAGCCGGUGGUGAUACGCUGGCGCAUUUGCCUAACCAUGGCCAGGUGCUUCUGGCACCAUUCCACCAUCGGCCAGCUGUCUGGCUUGCCAGACGUUGUGAGACAUCGGCUGAAGCCCGUUGUCAAGACUGAGCGCCAGUUCCUGUUCGUGCUGCAAAUGCUCGGACCCAGCUUGCAGCGUAUGAACGAAGAGAGAACCCGCUGCUUGAUAGACCUUGUACAGGAGCUGCACAGGAUGCUGCUGACAGUGGAUAAACAGUGCAAGCACCUGGACUAUCUCGACAUGUUCUGUGACUAUCUGUACCAUCUGAAGUACAUGUAUGUCGGCGAACAUAGUAAGGAGAAGUUGGAGGAAGUGUUCAACAGUCUUCGUCCUUCUAUCCAGGCGCGCCUUCGCUUCAUGAUGAACGCGAGCCGCUGAUUCUAACGCAGGACACGCCGUAGGUACCAGACUUGGAGCAGUGUGCGUGCGAAUGCAGGUGUGUGUGUGUGUGUGUGUGUGUGUGUGUGUGUAUGUGCACAUGCAGGUGUGUGUGUGUGUGUGUGUGUGUGUGUGUGUGUUUGUUUGUGUGUGUGUGCAUAUGCAGGUGUGUGUAUGUGUGUGUGUGUGCGUGCAUGCGUGCGUGCGUGUGUGCGCACGCGCGUGUGUGCGGUACUUGUCAUGCUAGCCGCCGAGCAUUCAAGGUCACACCGCAGCAGCAGCACAAGUGCACGGCUACAGAAGUAAACUAAGUCACGGAGCAGUGUACAGUAAUUGCCUGUGCUCAAAGCAUGCCGUGCACUUUCCGUUCCUGUCAAGCUAGAACAAUUCCUGACGUAACCUAUUAUGACUGAGCUUAGCAGCAAAUGGACCCAGUAGUAUAUAACAUUACAGUAUUGAACCUAUGCACUCUACAAAUGUUGAAACACCUCGCUCCAUUGCCCCUUUUUUCUUCUUCAAAAACUCCAGUCUCAUUCACUGCCAAUAGACUUCAAUAAUUGUAUGAAAAUUGAGAGAACUGCUCGCAGCAACGUUAUCACCUAUGUCAUUGUUAUGGAUCAAAAUCCAAAAUCACUGUAUGUAACAGGAUCACAGUAGUAGAAACAAGUGCGACCUAUCUCUACUGCUGGCAAUGUUUUAGUACCCCACCCCAUCAUUUUUGUCUGCCAGUUGCCAUUUGCUUUGUUUGGGAAAAUCGCUUCCACUCGUUCCGGUGAUGUUGGUGCUGACUUUCUGAUGCAAAUUUUUAAAACAGUAUCGUCGUUUUUAUCGCCACUAUUCUCAACAUUUCAGUUUUUUGCGUGCAAGCGUAAUAACGUUAUGACGCAUUUUGAGUCCGA